UAAUGGUUUUGUCUCCUCUUUUGCAGUGGCUCGUGCACAGGAGACACACCACCACUCCUCAGAGAAGCCCCUGAUUCAGUGCUACAAGUGCGGAGAGCCAUGUAAGGGCGAGGUGCUGCGGGUGCAGAACAAGCACUUCCACCUAAAGUGCUUCACCUGUAAAGUGUGUGGCUGUGACCUCGCCCAGGGGGGGUUCUUCAUGAAGAAUGGAGACUAUCUGUGCACGCUGGACUACCAACGCAUGCACGGCACCCGCUGCAAUGGCUGUGGGGACUUUGUGGAGGGGGAAGUGGUCACUGCCCUGGGCAAGACCUACCACCCUGCCUGCUUUGUCUGCACCAUCUGCAAACGACCGUUCCCCGCCGGGGACAGGGUGACCUUCAACGGGAAGGACUGCUUGUGUCAGUACUGUGUGGAGCCAAUGUCUCCGGGACCAAAGGACAUCCUCGGCUCCAGCAAUUGCGCAGGAUGUGGUCGAGACAUUAAGAACGGACAGGCUCUUCUAGCAUUGGACAAACAAUGGCAUCUGGGCUGCUUUAAGUGUAAGGCCUGCAACAAAGUGCUGACCGGGGAGUACAUCAGCAAGGAUGGCGCCCCCUACUGUGAGAAGGACUACCAGAUCCACUUUGGAGUUCAGUGUGAGGCGUGUCAUCAGUUCAUCACGGGGAAGGUGCUAGAGGCCGGAGAUAAGCACUACCACCCCAGCUGUGCGCGAUGCAGCAGGUGCAAUCAGAUGUUCACAGAAGGAGAAGAGAUGUAUCUGCAAGGAUCAACGGUGUGGCAUCCUGGCUGCAAGAACACCACCCGAACAGAGGAGAGACACAGAGAGCGGCUAUUGCCUCCGUCCCUCUUAUUCCUCCAAAAAACAGAAAGGCAGCCUACGAGGUCGUCAUCGGAGAGUAUUUGUUCCAGACCUGGUUCAAGCAUACCUGGCUCACCGGGUCACACGAUCUAUGCAAAAGUAGACAAUGAGAUCCUUGAUUACCGAGACCUAGCUGCCAUUCCAAAAGUCAAAGCCAUUUAUGACAUUGAGCGCCCUGAUCUUAUUACGUAUGAACCUUUGUACACCACCUCCCUGGAUGAGAGAGACGAGAGACGAGAGAGUGUGGGAGAGCUCCACACUGCCAGGAGGGAGCGUUCUCCCUUGCCCGAUGACAAGUCCUCAAGGAACAUGUCACCAACCCCAUCUGGUGAGGGCUCUUACGACAGGAGGGAACGCAUCCUCCAAAGGUCAACCAGUCAGGGCUCGAUAGGAUCACCAGUUUAUAAUCGCCAUGGUUACACCCCCUGUCUGUCACGGUCUCCUCAGCAUUUUCACAGGCCAGAGGCUCUGACAGGCAUGCAGAAGCUCUGCUCCUCCUUGUGCAGUAACAGUGUGGGCUCCAGAAAUAGUGACUCACGCCCCACCUCCCCUUUCAGACACCACUUCCUCCCCCAUAGCCAAGGCACUGACCCCCCGAGUGGCCGGAGCUCCCCCCUCCCGCUCAGGCCCGACAGCCGGCCGGUCACCCCGCCUCUCUCUCUGACCCCUAAACAUUUCCACCUCCCAGAUCAAGGGAGCAACAUCUACAGAAAACCCCCCAUCUAUAAACAACACGAUACAGAUGCCAUAGCACGUCAAAGCAAGUCUGCUGAUGAGAUCAUCAGAUCGGCCACCUUCCCCGCUGCCCAUGCUCCAUCUCCGGAUGACAGCUCGCGGAGUGAGGGCGACCGCUGGCCUUGCUCUCUUGCUGUAUUAGGUUCAGAAGGGGGUAGACGAUCCAGAGAAGAGGAGGAGGAAGACACCUUGAAAAAAAAGCAGAUCCACGAGGAACAUCUCAGCAAGAUUCAGUCUGGUUUGGGAAAGCUCAUUCUGAAGGAGGAGAUGGAAAAAGAUCAGAUCAGGGAGCGUCACACACGUAGCCUCUCUGCUCAGCGCUACGACCCCAAACAGACCGACUGUGACGCAGAACCAACUUCUCCAACCCAAACUAACUCUCUGCCUGGUUAUGGAAGGAACGGGCUGCAUCGGCCCCAGUCCACAGACUUCACCCAGUACAACAGCUACAGUGACAUUUGUGGGGGAGGCAGAGAGUUUCAGCACAUUAAGGAUGGCCGUGCAGCACUAACAAGGAUGGACAGGGGAGUAUCUAUGCCUAAUAUGUUGGAACCAAAAGCAAGUAUCUUCUCCUUUUUGCACUGAUGACAACAUUGUAAUCUGCACUGAAAUAUACACUGAACAAAAAUAUAAACGCAACACUUUUGUUUUUGCUCCCAUCUUUCAUGAGAUGA